AAUUAACAUCGAAGGUUCCUUCCGCACAAAGUUCAGCUUCAGAGGAACGAAGAGGCAGAGAGAAGGGGUUGAGAAGCCAUUAGAGCCAAACUCUGAAAAUUAGAGACAAAAACUGAAGAAACCCUUUUGGAGGGGAAAUGAUGAAAUCGCAAGAUCAGAUGCAGGUAUUUAUUCAAUCCCCAGAACUUCGAGUUCCAUCUCGUGCCCUAACUGUGAACCCUAAUCACACUCUUCGCCAUCUCAAGCUCUCCUUUCUCCCUCCAACCACCCCCCCGCAAACCCUACAUUCCCUCUUCUUCACCUUCAAUGGUAAACCCCUCCACGACUCCUCCACUAUCUUCGAUUCCCGAAUUCUCCCUUUCUCCAAUUUGAUUCUUCGAAUUAAGGUUUCCGGUGGUGGCGGCGAUGGCGGUGCAACUGGUGCCGAAUCUCGCGAUUGUUAUCUCAACAUGUAUGCCAUCAAGAAGCCCGAUAAAGUCGAUCCCAACGAGACUAGGUUAUCACGGUGGACGAAUUGCGCGCUCUCCUUCGAGCCCCUAAAGCAUCCUUGCGUCGUCGAUCGCCUUGGAAACUUGUUCAAUAAGGAGUCGCUUGUGGAGGCGUUGUUAGGGAAGAAGUUGCCGAAGGGGUUUGGGCAUAUUAAGGGUUUGAAGGAUAUGAUCCCAAUUGAACUCUCUGCGAUUCCUGGGGUGAAAUAUGAUGAUAACAGCUUCGAGACGAAGUUUCAGUGCCCAAUUACGGGUCUUGAGUUCAAUGGAAAGUACAAGUUCCUUGCUCUGAGGAGUUGCGGGCAUGUUGUGAGUACCAAGGCAUUGAAAGAAGUGAAGUCCUCGGCUUGUUUGCUUUGUCAUAAAGAGUUCUCAGAGUCUGAUAUGAUCGUAAUUAAUGGGAGCCCAGAGGAAGUGGCGGCAUUGAGGGAAAAGAUGGAAGAAGAGAGGGUGAAAGUGAGAGAGAAGAAGGAGAAGAAGAUGAAGAAUGGGGAAGUAACUGGGUCUGACGGUGUUUGCUUGGAAUCGUCUCGGUUAAGUGGUACAAAGCAUGGAGUUGAUGACCAGGCUGUGGAGAAGGCUUGGGCUAAGAUUGAAGGAAAUGGGAAGAUUGCUAAUGGAGUUGUGGUUGCUGCGAAGGGGACAAAUAAUGCAUCGGUGAAACGGUUCAAAGCAGCUGAUAUGGCACCACCUAAUGCUACUAAGGAAGUGUACGCUUCUAUUUUCACCUCUUCGAGAAAAUCAGAUUUUAAAGAGACAUAUAGUUGCAGAUCUCUCCCGCUGGGAAGAAACUAAUUGAUGGCUGAAUUUGGUAUGAUGAUGUAUUGUUUUAUUAGCGAUUUCUUGUAAUCGAGGCCUGAAGAUAGCCACGGAAAUACUGAAGUUCUCCCUCUGCAUAUCUUUGGUUGCCAAAUUGACUUUGGUCAUGAUCAAUCAAACUUUAUCCUUUCCUUUAACAUUUUUGUCUUUCUGAUUGUUCCUAAAUGAUACUUGUCUCUGUACAAUAUUUGGGAUUUUGGUUUGAUUAUAUGUUAUUUCUGUUUAUGUUC